GAACCCUCGUUUAAAAACUCGCGGGGGACCGGACCCAAGAUCGGGGACCCGGCGGCGGCUCCGCGGGGAAACAGCGAGGCUGGCGCAGCGCCGAGGCCGGGGCCCUGGGGGCCUGCACUCCGCGCCCCGGAAUCCCCGAGUGAGCCGGAGUGAGCGCAGCCACUGCCCGUCGCAGACCGUGAAGAAGCUCCUGGAAGAACAGAGGCGCCGCCAGCAGCAGCCUGACGCUGGUGGGGCACCGGUGAGGCCCAUGAAGCCCUGUCCGUUUAGGCGGGGACUUGCUGGCUUGCCGCCCUCAGAGCUGAUGAGAGAUGCAGGCCUGGCGUAGAUGCCCUACAGGUGGGGAGUGGAUGCCGAGGAAUCUGCGGAUAAAUUCACCCUUGUGCCUUUUUGCUUAUGCCUCCACAGGGACAGUUCCCGCCUCCCCUGGCCCAGCCCCUGACUCCAUCUGUGAAUGAGGGUGAGGCCGGCCAUACCCACUUCCCAGCUCACCAGGAGACCGUGGCUUCUGGACUUGGCAGCCUGGCACCCCCCACGGGCUUUCCGGACUGGGACCCCACCACACAUGCUGCCUACACAGACAGCCCCUACUCUUACCCUGCUGCUGCUGCUGACGGUUUCCUGACUCCUGACUUCUACCCACCUUCGGACCCAGGGCGGCCGUGUCCAUUUCCCCUGGGGAUGGAGGACCCCCUGGAUACCCGGCUCUAUGCAGAACCGUCCCUGCCACAGGCGGGAUCCUGGAGAGGUUCCGGACUCCCCUCAGGACCCCCACAGUUGCCCCCUGUGGUCACUGGACCAUCGCUGGAUGCAGCCCGUGCUCACAUGCUGGCUUUGGGGCCCCAACAGCUGCUGGCCCAGGAUGAGGAGGGAGACACGCUCCUGCACCUGUUUGCAGCUCGCGGCCUGCGCUGGGCAGCGUAUGCUGCAGCUGAGAUGCUCCAAGUGUACAGACAUCUGGACAUUCGUGAGCACAAGGGCAAGACUCCUCUCCUGGUGGCUGCUGCCGCCAACCAGCCCCUGAUUGUGGAGGAUCUGCUGAACUUGGGGGCGGAGCCCAAUGCCACUGACCAUCAGGGACGCUCUGUCUUGCACGUGGCUGCUACCUAUGGGCUCCCAGGAGUCCUCUCGGCUGUGAUUAACUCAGGCGUUCGGGUUGAUCUAGAAGCCAGAGACUUCGAGGGCCUCACACCCCUCCACACAGCCAUCCUGGCCCUCAACGUGGCUAUGCACCCACCCGACCUGUGUCCCCGCGUGCUGAGUACCCAGGCCCGAGACAGGCUGGCCUGCGUCCAGAUGUUGCUGCACAUGGGCGCGGAUCACACCAGCCAGGAGAUCAAGAGCAACAAGACAGUUCUGCACUUGGCCGUGCAGGCUGCCAACCCUACCCUGGUUCAGCUGCUGCUGGAGCUGCCACGGGGAGACCUGCGGGCUUUUGUCAACAUGAAGGCCCAUGGGAACACAGCCCUCCACAUGGCAGCCGCCCUGCCCUCUGGGCCGCCCCAGGAGGCCAUCGUGCGGCGCCUGCUGGCAGCUGGGGCGGAUCCAACCCUGCGCAACCUGGAGAACGAGCAGCCUGUCCACCUGCUGCGGCCCGGGCCUGGCCCCGAGGGGCUCCGGCAGCUACUGAAGAGGAGCCGUGUGGCACCCCCAGGCCUGUCCUCUUAGGACGCAAACCCAGACCCUGGACUGAUUUUCCAGUCCCCACCGUCCUGUGGGACAGCCAGCGUAUGCUAAUGUUGCAAACCCGUGAUAAUGUAUGUGGAAUGUCCUGCCAUUGGGGUCUUACAUUAAAACCCCAAAAUGGCUGCUGGGGGG